GAGAGAGCAAGUGAGAGAAAACAGAGAAAGAAAACUCUUCCCAAUCCUCUCACCUCUUUAUUUUCUCGGGAAAGUAAUAGCCUUCUUCAAUGGCGACCUCCGUCGACAACCGCCAUUACCCUCGCCUAAGCUCCGCCUUGAACGGCGUCGUUCGCUCCUAUAAGCCUCCUCCCGUUCCCUCUCGCUCCCACCGUCACCACCAAAACAGCGUCGUACAUAGAGAGAAAGCCAAACUCGCCGUCACCUUCGACGUUGACAACAACGGCGACGGCAACGGCACCGUCAACGUCAACGUCAACCACCACUAUGACUCCUCCAGCGAUGACGAAGACGAGAGCCACAACCAGAACGUUUCCUACUACAAGGAGAUGGUUCGCAAAUCCAACUGCGAUCUGGAGCCGUCCAUCUUAGAUCCGCGCGACGAAUCCACUACUGAUAACUGGAUCCAGCGUAACGCCUCCAUGCUCCGCUUGACCGGAAAACAUCCCUUCAACGCAGAGCCCCCGCUCACCCGCCUCAUGCACCACGGCUUCAUCACUCCCGUGCCGCUCCAUUACGUCCGCAAUCACGGCGCCGUUCCCAAAGCCGAUUGGUCCGAUUGGACGGUCGAAAUCACCGGACUCGUCAAGCGGCCGACGAAAUUCACCAUGGACCAGCUGAUCUCGGAAUUCCCCAGCCGCGAGUUCCCGGUGACACUUGUCUGCGCCGGUAACCGCCGCAAGGAGCAGAACAUGGUGAAGCAGACGAUCGGGUUCAACUGGGGAGCCGCCGGAAUCUCGACGACGCUGUGGCAGGGCGUUCCUCUCCGAGAAAUCCUCCGGCGGUGCGGGAUCUACAGCAGGAGCGGGGGAGCGCUCAACGUGUGCUUCGAAGGAGUAGAGGAUCUCCCCGGCGGCGGCGGAUCCAAGUACGGGACGAGCAUUAGGAAGGAGAUCGCCAUGGAUGAUUCGAGGGACAUCAUAUUGGCGUAUAUGCAGAACGGUGAGCUCCUGACUCCGGAUCACGGGUUCCCGGUUCGGGUCAUCAUUCCAGGUUUCAUCGGAGGUCGAAUGGUGAAAUGGUUGAAACGGAUCAUCGUCACCACUAAGGAAUCUGACAGUUACUACCACUACCGAGAUAACAGAGUCCUCCCUUCUCACGUCGACGCUGAGCUGGCAAAUGCCGAAGCUUGGUGGUACAAGCCUGAGUAUAUCAUCAAUGAGCUUAACAUAAACUCGGUGAUAACGACGCCUUGCCACGACGAGAUUUUGCCGAUCAAUUCGUUCACGACCCAGAAGCCGUACACGUUAAAGGGUUACGCAUACUCAGGGGGAGGGAAGAAGAUAACAAGAGUGGAGGUGACGAUGGACGGAGGAGAGACGUGGAGGGUGUGCGAAUUGGACCACCAAGAGAAGCCUAGCAAGUAUGGCAAAUACUGGUGUUGGUGCUUCUGGUCUCUUGAGGUCGAGGUUCUCGACUUGCUUGGUGCCAAGGAUAUAGCUGUCCGCGCCUGGGAUGAGACCCUCAACACUCAGCCCGAGAAACUCAUCUGGAAUGUUAUGGGAAUGAUGAACAACUGUUGGUUUCGGGUGAAGACCAACGUGUGUAGACCCCACAAGGGAGAAAUCGGAAUCACUUUCGAGCACCCGACCCGACCCGGGAACCAAUCGGGCGGGUGGAUGGCAAAGGAGCGUCAGCUCGAGAAAUCCUCCGACUCCAACCAAACCCUCAAGAAAUCUGUCUCCUCACCUUUCAUGAACACGUCCUCCAAAACGUAUUCCAUGUCGGAGGUCCGGAAGCACAACUCCGCUGACUCAGCCUGGAUCAUCGUCCACGGCCACAUCUACGACUGCACCCGCUUCCUCAAGGAUCAUCCAGGUGGGUCAGACUCCAUCCUCAUCAAUGCCGGCACCGAUUGCACUGAAGAGUUCGAAGCCAUUCACUCCGACAAAGCCAAGAAGCUUCUAGAAGAUUACCGCAUCGGUGAACUCAUCACAACCGGUUACGACUCAUCCCCGAACGUUUCCGUCCACGGUGGAUCCAAUGCGGCCCCAUUGUUGGCACCCAUCAAAGAGCUGGCUCCUGUCAAGAACAUUGCUUUGGCGAACCCUCGGGAAAAAGUCCCCAUCAAACUCGUCGAAAAGACAUCGAUCUCCCAUGACGUUCGUAGGUUCCGUUUCGCCUUACCGUCCAAGGAUCAGACGCUUGGUCUACCGGUUGGGAAACACAUAUUCCUCUGCGCCAACAUUGAAGACAAGCUCUGCAUGAGAGCCUACACUCCGACCAGCACGGUGGAUACGGUCGGUCACAUCGAUCUUGUCGUCAAGAUUUACUUCAAAGGCGUCCACCCGAGAUUCCCCAAUGGAGGGCUCAUGUCCCAGCACCUUGACUCGUUGCCUAUAGGAUCGGUUCUGGAGAUCAAGGGACCGUUAGGACACAUCGAGUACGCAGGCAAAAGCAACUUCAUGGUCCAUGGCAAACCAAAGUUUGCCAAGAAGCUAGCAAUGCUGGCGGGAGGAACGGGCAUCACACCGAUCUACCAAGUAAUGCAAGCUAUACUCAAGGAUCCAGAAGACGAUACCGAGAUGUACGUUGUGUACGCGAACCGUACAGAGGAUGACAUCCUUCUGAGGGAUGAAUUGGACGAAUGGGUCGAAAAAUACGGCGAGAGGGUGAAAGUUUGGUAUGUGGUGGAAAACGCGAAAGAAGGGUGGAAAUAUAGCACCGGUUUCGUAACCGAGAGCGUACUUAGGGAACAUAUUCCCGAGUACGGCUCAGAAGGGGGUAGCUCACUGGCUCUGGCCUGUGGGCCGCCGCCUAUGCUCCAGUUCGCGGUGCAACCGAAUCUGGAGAAGAUGGGUUACGAUCUGAAGGAAGAUCUGUUGAUCUUCUAAGAGCCCAUGUUAUGCAAAAACAAAAAAACGAUGCUUGAGUUUGAAUAUCUUUCUCUGUAUGUAAAUAUAAGAUUAAAGAAAUGGUUUUUUUUGGGUUUUGUAUCAAUGGGGAUUAACAGUUUAGUACGCUGUAAUUAUUGUAUGGUUAAUCUUGUUGUUGCUGUUGGCGAUGAUGACGGAAAUAUUAUGUCAUGCGCUUAGACAAUAAGAAGGGACGGUUGUUUAUAUU